CAGAUCAUACAUCAAAUGAAAACAGACCCAAGAUCCAACUAACAUGCGACUUAAUUUCUAUCAUUUUGUGUUUGUUGGCGUGUUGCUGAUUGGUCGAAUAGAUGUCACUUCUAUGACACCAUGGUUGGCGCCAAUUGUUUGGGAGGGAACCUUUGAUCCUACACUGAUCGACUCUAUCUAUAAACAACAAAACAUCACUAUAGCCACUACAGUUUUUGCUUUGGGAAAAUAUACACGUUUUCUCAGAGAUUUUCUCGAGUCAGCUGAGCAGCAUUAUUUUGUUGGAUUUCGGAUGCAUUGUUACUUGUUAACAGAUCAACCAGAAGCGGUUCCUGAUGUAAAGCUCGGCAUUGAACGUCAGUUGAGGGUGCGGACAGUCCCGAGAAUGUAUAGGUGGCAGGACAUUACUAUGGGAAGGAUGGGAAUGAUUGCAAAACUAACUGAGAAUGAACUGGCAACUGAGGCUGACUACAUUUUCUGCCUUGAUGUGGAUACAAAGUUUUAUGGCCACUGGAGUGUGGAGGCCUUAGGCAGUCUUGUAGGAGUGAUUCAUCCUUGGUUCUAUAAUUAUCAACGGAAUCAAUUUACCUAUGAACGUAGACCAGAGUCGCAAGCAUUUAUUCGGGCUGAAGAAGGUGAUUAUUAUUACGCUGGUGGUGCGUUUGGUGGCUCAGUGCAGGAAGUGCAUAAGCUCACCAGACCCUUCAGUGAGCAGCAGAAUAUUGAUGCUGCUAAUUCCAUUGAGGCAGUAUGGCACGAUGAGUCUCACUUAAACAAAUAUUUUCUUUACAAUAAACCCACUAAGGUGCUCUCACCUGAGUAUCUGUGGAGAAAUAUUAAUGCCAGAACAAAUGAAGUGACAACAAUUCGCUUCUAUAUUGUAAAUAAAAAUAAUGAUGAGGUUCGCUCAAACUUUUAACAAGUUACAAACUGAAAAGUUCACCUACACUGAUUUUGCGCCCAUAACUGUACGUUCACACCACAGUUGGUGAGAGCGUAAAAAAUGCUCUAGCUGCCGUCAACGACGCUAUACAAAAAGUGUAGUGGACGCUCAAAUGCAUUCUCUCAAAUGGAGGUUUCCACCUUUCGAAUGGUUGUCGCCGAACGUUUCCGCCUUCAGAAUGGUUGCCGCCAAAAUUUCCGCCUUCCGAUUGGUUGCCGUCAAACGUUUCCACCUUCAAAUUGGUUUCCGCCGAACUGCGUCAUAGCUCAUUACCAUAAAGUUGAGCUGAGUCAUUUGCUUUUAUUUUUGACCUGAACCCGCGGGUCCUGUCGGGCCGACCCAACCAUUUGAGAACUCUACAAGAUGCCCCACUGCUUACCAGAGCUCGCCGACAGCUCUCAAUGAUAAUAAAUGGCCCUGUCCCAACUGACGCACUUCAUGUGGACUUUCGAUCUCGUGGCCUUAAAUUGCACAUGCUGGCUUAGUCUACAAGUCCAUAAGGUGUCCCAUCUGUUAUUUGAAUGGUCCGAAGUGUGCUCAUCAGUACCCCCUUUGCACCCUUGAUGCGGUCUUCGGCAAAACCCGCACUGCUGCAUGCUUCACUACUUUACCAACCCAGAAGUCCUUACAAAAGAGCAAUCCGACAGAUGACGGAUGGAAGGCGUUCACACUGAUUGGCAACUUCUCUUCCUAUUUCCGGUGUGGCGCUAGAGUCUGUCCCGAAAUACGACUCCAGUGCGCCCUUGUGAACUCGCGUCAAUGGUCCCUAAGGUCUGCACUACAUGAUGUCAUGAAAGUGUGGACUCUGAGGAAGCACACAAGUCCGGAGUGUGCCAUUUGGGACAGGGCCAAUGACUUCCAGCCACUUUGACGCUCUUGUUGGUGUGACCGCACAGUUAAGGCCUCAGAAGUGUCAAAUUUUGACACUUAAAUACUUUUGUACUCUUCACUCUUUAUUAUAGCAUUAUACUGUUAUGUGGUGUCAAGCACAAAAUCUACCAAAGAUUUACUUUAAAUAGACACAGAUAAGGCUUCAGUUAUCUCAACUCAAAAACAAGCACUGAUGGAUCUUAAAAUAAUCAACAGUGCCAUUGAUUUAUCUCAAGAUACACACCAGUAACAUCUUUUACUAAGCCAUGUUUAAAAAAGAUGCUUAGAGAAAUUUAAGUACGCACAUCCACUUAAUUUUAACUUCAUAGAUCAUAGAAAAUCAUUUAAAAAAGGCCCCUGCAACUGCCAUAAACGUGUUUGGUAUGAUCAGCCCCUAACGCAUACAUUUCUCAACCACGAUUUCAAUUAAUUAUGACCUGUGUGGGGUACAAAAACGUAGAAUAAUAUUACCAUAUCACAUAACUGCUGUAACUUUUUACCAGAUCCAUCAGUGAUAAUCUUUUAUCGUGUCUGAUUUAAAGUUAAUCUGUAUGCUUUUAUACUUAUUUUUUAUUUCAUUGUCUGAAGUCCAAUAAAGGCAGGUGACAAAGGCUGCGUGCGAAAACGUAGGCAGCUGACUUGUUGCCUCGCGGCCUCAUGAGGCAAUGACUUCGGGGGCAUGAAGGCAGCUCAGAGAAACGCUUUCAGACACACUUCAUAGAAUUGUGGGACAGGAUGAUUAAGGUAUCUCAGGAGUCAGGAAGUAAACCUUACAUUAGAUUCGGACAUGCCUUGAUGCCUUCCUGCCUUGGAAUGCUGCCUCAGAAGGCAGCAUAGAGUUUUUGUACACAGCCAAAGAAAUCCAUUUCCAUAUUUAAACUUUUUUUAUGUUAUGUACAUUAAAUUAUAUUACCUUUGGUGUUUUGUUUGAUGAUUUAAAUAAAAUACUUCUCUACUGCCUAUAAAAAAAGACUCUUUAGUCUCUCUUUCUCUCUCUAUAAAGGUUGUGUUCUAAUGAUUAUUGCUUUUCUUUGACAAAUCACUUUGUCUUUUAUCCUUGUU